CGGAUUCACUGAUUGGAGAUCGACUUCAUCAUCAGUUGAUUUAGAAAAUUUUUUUUCUUGUUUUGAUUAACUGAUUUAAGUUAUUAAUUCGGCUUAUAAUUAAUUUAAUUCGGUUUACCAAUGGAUUCAUCAGGUAUCACGCUUCCAGAACCAAAUUUAAUCUCAAUUUGUAGCAUCAUUAUUUUAGAUAAUGAUGGUGGUCGAGUUGUGGCCAAAUAUUAUGAUAAAGAAAGUUCGUUAAAGGAACAAAAAGCUUUUGAGAAAAACUUAUUCAAGAAAACCCAUCGAGCCAAUGGAGAGGUUCUCAUGUUGGAUGGUUACACUAUUCUUUACCGUUCGUCAGUUGAUCUUUUCUUUUAUGUUCUUGGUGGACCUGAUGAGAACGCACUUCUCCUGUUAAGUAUCCUUAAUUGUCUAGUAGAAUCAAUAAGUUCUAUUUUACGAAAAAAUGUUGAAAAACGAACUUUACUUGAGAAUUUGGAUGUUGUCACCUUGGCUAUUGACGAGAUUUGUGACAAUGGUGUUAUUUUGGAAGCUGAUCCAGCAGCGGUUGUUCAAAGAGUCGCCACUAAACCAGAAGAUAUUCCCAUUGGCGAACAAACUGUUUCCCAGAUUUUCCAAUCAGCUCGAGAACAAUUAAAAUGGUCAAUUUUAAGAUAAACAAUAAAUGUUUUCUAAUCGAACAUUAAAUGCCAAUGUUGAAGAAUAAAUUUUCCAUUUGCUCUUUAAA